AUGCUCGACGCAGGCGGCGAUUGGGACAUGCUUAUCACGCGUGCCUGCGCCCUGCUCUACCCACAGCACGCACAAGCCCACCACAUCAACUGGGUCUGGGCCUUGCAAUCAGAAGAGCACACCAAUGGCACAGCCCCCGCACCGGAAUAUACCGAGCGCGAGAAACAGCAAUCAGCCCUCGGCGCGCCCUGGUCUCCCUUUGGCAUGGGCGACGGACCUGGCUAUAUUGCUAUCCAAUCCACACGCCCAGCGACGAUACGGAAGAGAUCACGGUCCCGAAAUUUCAAGGGUAUACUGACUGCCCUCUUGGAAUUGCCGAUUUUCCUGGGGAGAUAUGUAAUACUCCUGUGGCUUGGAGGAAGACGGUGGUACUUCGUAUCGAAGACGCAAAAAUUGAAGACUUGCUGAUCCAUCAUUCUAGGGUCCGAUUGCCUUUCAGAAGCUUUAUGAGAAGGGAGGACAUUUCGCGGGACGGGAGCGACCGACUGACAUUGCGGAUGGGUUGCGCGAGAUGUUUGGGAAAGGCGGUGGUGCGUAUGGUGUUGUGAAAGGCCAAGACGGAUACUAG